AAUGAAGGAUGAGGUUGGAGGAUGGCUUGUGUCCUCCCAGCCCCACUUACUCACCGUGGCAGCAGCGAUACUUCAGUCUAAGCUGGGCAGAGAUCGAAAGCCCGCUCUGGGUGAAGGGGCACCGGGGGGGCCGAGGGGGCCGGAGGCCGGGACGAGUGCAAUAUUGGCGGGGGAAAGAACAACACUGCACCGCGUCCCAUCCCUCCCGCCCACCCGGGGCCCCGGAAAACCGCUCCCUACCACCUGGGUCAGUGGAGCCCGGGGACUGGGGGCAUUCUGGGGAACUGGGAUCACCUUAGAGGUACUCCAGAGCCUGGUAGCUCGGAAGAGUGGACGAGUGAGGAGAGAAGGGGAGCCUCGAGUGCCGGGGAAGGCCUGUUUCCGAUGCCGAAGCACUGCGCGCGCUUGCUCUUUAAAUACUCAGACUGAGAGGCGCGGAGCCAUUGCCAUGGUGACGGGUGUCCCAGCAACCGAAUUGAAUGGCUGUUGCCUGGCAAUCCUGGGAGUUGGGGUUUGGGACCGCCCACUUUGAAAUUCUUGUGGGCGAGCUGACGUAGGGCGUCCCCACUCUGCCCAGAGCUGGCCUGACAAAGCCGCUCAGAGGCGCUACACGCGGCGGGAGCGAGGGUCCCAUGCCUCCGUUUGUGCACCUCUGAAAUGUUUCUAAGGUUUCAGCUUCCGUCUUGUAUUUGUUGGGACUCGGAACUAUUUACCUACUACAGCUGUAACUGCUCCUGCUGGCUUACACCGCAGCCUGUGCCCGCGGGAUCCAUGCUGUUGUCCUCAGUGAACCCAAAACUAUUUUUGCCCUUCAGAAUACCUCUCACACACACACGCGUUCCUGCCCACUCCAAAUAGCGUUCCUCUUCCAAACAUAGCUCUGUGCUCCCAAGUUCCAUGAUCGCCCCACGUACUUACUCUCUAUUUCCUAAAUACCUAGUUACCUGAACAUACUCUGUCCCAUUGCCCUGUUCACAUCCCGAUGUCCUCAUCACACAACCUGAUAACCCCUUCCACACACCUUGGGGCUCUACCCACUUGACAUCAUUCCCCCCAAACACCAUCCGGAGAGGUUGGAGUAGCCCAAGUACUGAUCAUUGCUUCUCCCCAGCCCUGUGCAUUACUAUUUGUCCAAAUCAUUGAUUAUUUUCACCAAGGCAUAACCAACUAAGAUAUCUUUCCCAACGUUGGCUGUGCGGCCAAAUCUCCCCAUAGAGGGUCUCUCUCAGUCUGUCACUGUUGAUGUUGUCGGCCGCGCCACUGUCAUGGUGACCACUAGAGGGCAGGCGUUCCCGGGCAGGAGGACCGGCUAGCCUGCCACUCAAGGUGGAGGGUUGGGUAGGAAGGACCUUAGGCUUCAGUGGAGUCCAAGUUUCGUUCUUUUUAAGUGGAAAUUUCCCCCACUGCCUUUCUCGGGAGAAAGCCAAAGAGAGACCCAGGCUACUGGAAAGUCUGGCAGGGGUGGAGACUGUGGUUUUCAGAGUACUGGGAGCGGUUAGAAGGGUAGGGCUAUUCCGGGAAGUGGUGGGGGGAGGGAGAGGAAAACUAGCGACCUGUCCACUGUUAUCCAGCCUCUUUAUGUCCUCUCAACCCAUGGAAAGUGGUUUUCAAGGACCCGCGGAGAGUAAGAAAAAGGCUCGGGCACUCAGGGAUGGGUUUCCCUGGUCUUGUUGUUAAGGGCCUUCCUGUGUUCCCUUUCCUCACCUUCGGUGUUUCUCUGGGGCUAAAGCCAGAGCCAGGGGGCCCCAGGUUUCCUCCACAUACACACUGGGGAAGUCAAGGAGUACUCAGUAAAAGGGGGAGGCCAAUGGAGAAUAAACAGGUUGUCAUAAGGUUGAGUGAUUGGAGCCCAAGCACCCUACACGGGAUGGUUGGGGAGGAGGAGGAAGAAAGAAUAGGGGAGGGGGUGGAGUUUAGUUACCUAUCACCUGCUCUGACUGUGCCUAGGGCGGGAGAGGGACUAGUAUAAGGCAGCAGGCACCAGAGCCGCUCCGCCCGCGCACACGCAGCGCCUGCCUUUAGUCUGUUUCUGCACCCUUCCUGCCUGUUCAGCACCACCAUGACCCCAGCCAUCCGGGCUCCUUUCUUCCUGCUGCUACUUCUAGCAUUCCUAAAAGGUUUUCUUGCCCUUUCACAUCAGAAAAAUGGCGUCGCCUCAUCUCAGGACACCAACAGUUCCUUAACAAUGACUACCACUCCAGGCCACAGUGGUGCCUUGACCCCAGCAACUAGUCCUCCAGUGAACUCGACCAGCACUCCAGGCCACAGUGGUGCCUUGGCCCCAGCAACUAGUCCUCCAGUGAACUCGACCAGCACUCCAGGCCACAGUGGUGCCUUGACCCCAGCAACUAGUCCUCCAGUGAACUCGACCAGCACUCCAGGCCACAGUGGUGCCUUGGCCCCAGCAACUAGUCCUCCAGUGAACUCGACCAGCACUCCAGGCCACAGUGGUGCCUUGACCCCAGCAACUAGUCCUCCAGUGAACUCGACCAGCACUCCAGGCCACAGUGGUGCCUUGACCCCAGCAACUAGUCCUCCAGUGAACUCGACCAGUACUCCAGUCCACAGUGCUACCUCCCCAGCUUCCAGCCCUCCGGUGGACUCAACCACCACUUCCAUCCACAAUGGUACCUACAUCCAAACCACCAACGCUAUAUCAGGCUUAGCUAGCACUCCAAUCCACAAUGGUUCCUUGGUCCCAACUACCAGAUCUGCAUUGGGCUCAGCUACUAGUCCAGUCCACAGUGGUGCCUCAACUAUAAUGAAUAGCUCUGACUCCAACUUGGCCACCACUCUAGUUUACCGUAGUACCUCUAUCUCUACUAUCAAGGCUACAUCAGGCUCAGCCAUCAUCCCAGGCCACAAUGGCUCCUUGGUGCCAACCACCAGCUCUGUAUUGGGCUUAGCCACCAGUCCAAACCAUAAUAUCUCUGCAAUGGCUCCUACAACUCCAGUCAUCAAUGGCACUCAAUCUUCAGUUCUAAGUCAGCACCCUGUUACUCCUGCUACCCUUGCCACUUCAGGCAACAGCACCAUUGUCAGUAGCACUUACUUUUCCCUACUUUCUACUAUUGCACUCUCCCCUACCUUCUCCAGUACUAGUUCGCCUCAGCUGUCUGUUGGGGUCACUUUCUUCUUCUUGACUUUUCACAUCUGGAAUCACCAGUUUAACUCUUCCCUGGAGGACCACAGCUCCAGCUACUAUCAAGAACUGAAGAGGAACAUUUCUGGAUUGUUUCUACAGAUUUUUAACCAAGAUUUUCUGGGGAUCUCUACUAUCAAGUUCAGGUCAGGCUCGGUGGUGGUAGAAUCGACUGUGAUUUUCCGGGAGGGUGCUGUCAGUGCCUCUGAGGUGAAGUCACAGCUCGUACAGCAUGAGAAGGAGGCAGAAGACUAUAAUCUGGCUAUUUCAAAAGUCAAUGUGAAUGAGAUGCAGUUCCCUUCCUCUGCCCAGUCUUGGCCUGGAGUACCAGGUUGGGGCAUUGCCCUGCUGGUGCUGGUCUGUAUUUUGGUUGCUUUGGCCAUCAUCUAUCUCAUUGCCCUGGCAGUGUGCCAGUGCCGCCGAAAGAGCUAUGGGCAAUUGGACAUCUUUCCAACCCAGGACACCUACCAUCCUAUGAGUGAAUAUCCCACCUACCACACCCAUGGACGCUAUGUGCCGCCUGGCAGUACCAAACGUAGCCCCUAUGAGGAGGUUGCUGCAGGUAACGGCAGUAACAGUUUGUCUUACACCAACCCGACAGUGGCAACCACUUCUGCCAACUUGUAGGAGCAAGUCACCCUACCUGCUCAGGAGGCAGCUGCUCCCUCAGUUGUCACGGCCAGACCCCUGCACUUUGAUGUGGGCUGGUGAGCCUGAAUUCUUUGUAGGCUGCUCAAGGCCUUCCUCAGAGGCUCUGUCAAGUACCUGGACCAUGUUAGCCUGGUGAAGCCCAGCCCUGCCCUGGGGAACACUGGGACAGUGGGGUAGUGGUGGCUUUCAGAAGGAUUGGUCUAGAAAGCCUGGAGAUGGGGAUGGGAACUCAAACAUACCUGAAUAAAAGGUGGCCUCCUGCUAGUUAUGCCAGCGGUGGUUCUUCA